AUGGCUGGACUCCUGGCGGGCAAAUCAGCAGCCAUCACAGGCGGUGUGACGGGCAUUGGGCGGGCAAUCGCUUUGGAAUUCAUGAAGCAAGGUGCUGUUGUAACGGUUAAUCACAUGGACGAUGAUGCUUCAAGGCAGCACUUUGCCUCCCUCGCAAAAGAAGCUCCGAAGGGUGCAAGAUUGCAGGCAGUAGCUGGAGACAUUGGCCAGAGGGUCACAGGACAGAAAAUAAUAUCCGCCGCAAAUGACACAUUUGGAGCACUUGAUGUCUUUGUUGCCAAUGCCGGUGUGAGCCAGUUCAGAGAAUUUCUCACACUCGACGAAGCCACAUUCGAAUCUCACCUUCACGUCAACAUCCGAGGGACAUUCUGGAGUACACAAGCAGCCGCAAAUUACAUGGUAAAGCAAGGCCGAGGAGGAAGUAUUAUCGGCAUCUCAUCAAUCAGUGCCCAUCUUGGAGGCGCCGAGCAAGUGCACUACACACCUACCAAGGCCGCGAUCCUUAGUAUGAUGCAGUCACAAGCUUGCGCUCUCGGCAAACACAAGAUUAGGUGCAAUGCUCUCCUUCCCGGUACCACGCGGACAGCACUCGCAGCAGAUGAUCUGGCUAAGAAGGAGAAGCUCGAAUACCUGGAGAACCGCACUCCACUGGGGAGAGUAGCAGAUCCGCAGGAUGUGAGUGGCCCGGCUGUUUUCCUGGCCAGUGAUCUGAGCCAAUAUGUCUCCGGGGCCCAGAUACUUGUAGAUGGGGGACUGUCGAUAUCUCUGCAAUGA